AUGAACUGCCUAUUUUGGAAUAUUCGUGGUAUAGGUAUAGGCGAGAAAAUUGUACCUAUUAGAUCUUUAGUCGAAAAAAAGAAAGUUACCUUCAUGGGUCUUGCGGAAACUAAACACAAGAGAUCUGUGCAAAAUAGGUUGAAGAGGAUGUGGGGUAACGAUGACUAUGAUUUUUGUGAAGUUUAUGCUUCUGAGACGAACGGGGGCGGAGUGAUCGCUGUGUGGGAUAAACAAACUUUCAUUGCCUCAAGUAAACACAUGGGAAGUCGAUGGAUCCUUAUUGAAGGGUGUAUUAACUCAUAUAAUUUUGAAUGUCGUGUGGGUGUCAUUUAUGGGCAUAAUGAUAGAAUGGGAAGAUGCGCUAUGUUUGAAGAGAUUAAACAGAGAGUGGUCAGUAUCAACAAACCAAUCCUGAUGCUUGGUGACUUCAAUGUCACAUUACACGCAGGGGAAAGAACCGGAUCUUACAGAUGCGACCGUAGCAUGAAUGAUUUCUCGGAAUGGAUUACAGACUUGAGACUACUUGAUUUACCCUUACAUGGACUGAAAUUUACCUGGAGAAGGAAUGAAUCAAAAAGCAGACUGGAUAAAGCUCUAUGCUUCCUGAUUAAUGAAUGGCGCAACAUCCCGAAUGUGCCCCUACACAACAAACUGAAGAUACUCAAAACCCCCCUCAAAGCUUGGCGGUCAGCAAAUUUUGACUGUAUGGAUAACAAAAUUGCAGAUUUUGAAGUUGUGAUCCAUGAUCUUGAACAAAAAAGUGAUAACAGAAUGCUAGAUACUAUGGAAAAGGCCAGACUGAAUGCAGCCAAUAGCUUCCUCCAUCAGUGGCUCAUCAGAAGAGAAAGAAUAUGGAGACAAAGAGCUCGAUCAUACGGCUUCAAACUAAAAGAUCACAAUUCAAAAUUCUUUCUUGCCGCCACUCUUUACAAAAAAAAAGAAGAAAGAGAUUAG